CCUUGCUUGCUCCACUUUAAAUACCUUUGCACAGAGCUCUGGCCACUGUGGUAAAGUUGGAAGGCUUCACCUGCAGCCUCUCUGUGUGAGCAUCGUCUCCUCUGCACCAUGGAUGCGCAGCACUGCAAGAUGAACGGAGACUCUUUCCAGGAAUCCAUGUACAUUGAAGAGUCCUCAAACAAAAAUGGUGUGAUUUCUUUGAUUUUCUCUUUGAAAGAAGAAGUUGGGGCACUGGCUAAAGUUCUGCGCACAUUUGAGGAAAAAGGCAUAAAUCUGACCCACAUUGAAUCCCGACCUUCUCGUCUCAAUAAAGAUGAGUAUGAAUUCUUCAUUAACUUGGAAGGCAAGAAUGUCCCAGCAUUGGACAAGAUCAUCAAGUCCUUAAGAAAUGAUAUUGGAGUAACAGUGCACGAGCUUUCACGAACAAAAAAGAAGGACACUGUGCCAUGGUUCCCAAGAAGUAUCCAGGAGCUGGACAGAUUUGCCAAUCAGAUCCUAAGCUAUGGAGCGGAGCUGGAUGCUGACCACCCUGGGUUCAAAGAUCCUGUGUACCGGGCCCGGAGGAAGGAGUUUGCAGACAUCGCCUACAACUACAGACAUGGUCAACCUAUUCCUCGAGUCACCUAUACAGAAGAAGAAAAGAAAACAUGGGGCACUGUUUUCAGAGAGCUGAAGAAUCUCUAUCCAACUCAUGCUUGCUAUGAACAUAACCAUGUGUUCCCACUGCUGGAGAAGUACUGUGGCUACCGGGAGGAUAACAUUCCCCAGCUUGAAGAUGUUUCAAAAUUCUUGCAGACUUGCACUGGAUUUCGCCUGCGUCCUGUUGCAGGCUUGCUCUCCUCUCGGGAUUUCUUGGCUGGACUGGCAUUCCGAGUAUUUCACUCUACGCAGUAUAUUCGCCAUGCGUCCAAACCUAUGUACACACCAGAGCCUGAUAUUUGCCAUGAGCUGCUAGGACAUGUGCCUCUUUUUGCUGAUCCCAGUUUUGCUCAGUUUUCCCAGGAAAUUGGACUGGCAUCUCUGGGAGCUCCAGAUGAUUUCAUCGAGAAACUUGCUACGGUUUAUUGGUUUACUGUCGAGUUUGGACUAUGUAAGGAAGGAGAUUCACUAAAGGCAUAUGGUGCUGGGCUGCUGUCUUCAUUUGGGGAGCUGCAAUACUGUUUAUCAAGUAAGCCUGAGAUUCAGCCUCUUGUCCUCGAGAACACUUCUGUGCAGAAGUACCCUGUCACUGAAUUCCAGCCUAUCUACUUCGUUGCUGAAAGUUUUAAUGAUGCAAAAGAAAAGCUAAGGAAAUUUGCUCAAACAAUCCCUCGUCCUUUCUCUGUUCGGUACAAUCCCUACACCCAGAGGAUCGAAGUUUUGGACAAUGCAAAGCAGCUGAAGAACUUAGCUGACACUAUCAACAGUGAGAUGGGGAUCCUUUGCAAUGCCCUCCAGAAGAUCAAAUGAAGAUUUUCUGUAACUCUUGCUAAUCACUGGCUACAUAGAAGAAGAAGUCAUGUGCAAAAAUGCCAAUCUUCACCUAGCUUCAGUAUAUUAUCUUCCUGUGUAGUGCAUGAAUGCUUAUGUCAUAUAUCUUAAUUAUCAAUAGAUUAGCAGAGAAAGAAGUCCUUGCCACUUUUGGCCUUCAGACACUAAUCCAUUUUUUCUCAUUAAAGCAUAAAAAUAAUCUUAGUUCUGGAAAUCUAGGGAAA